GCGAGUUGUGCGUUCCAUUUAAACCGAGGUGCCGGCAACGCAGUUGCUAGAACUUUCUGCCAUCGUCUACCAUGCCGGUCCCGACUCUUGUCCUCAACACCGGAGCUCACAUGCCCGUUCUCGGGCUGGGGACCUGGAAAUGCUGUUUAGGUCUUGGUGGAUGUGGGCAUGGACCACUUCAUUAGCUGAGGAAUUAUUAACGAACAUCUUCACUUCUGACCUUAUGAAGAGAAUGUCAUUGAGGCAGCUGAAGAUGUCCUGGAGUUGAAAUGAUUGGCCUCCAACAAUCAGAACCAGCUUCUUCCAGGACCAAGAUUGUAAAUUAGUUCUGAAACUGGUGGACCUGAUGGUGCAAAAGUAUUGUCUGAACCAGGUAAAGUGACUCAGGCAGUGAAAGAAGCCAUUGACGCUGGUUAUCGUCACAUCGAUUGUGCAUUUGUAUAUGAAAAUGAAAAAGAAGUGGGUGAUGCUAUUCAGGCGAAGAUCAUGGAUAAAACUGUAAAGCGUGAAGAUCUUUUCAUUGUUAGCAAGCUGUGGUGUACCUUUCAUGCAAAGGAUAUGGUAAAGGAUGCCUGUUCUCAAACCUUACGUGACCUGAAACUGGAUUAUGUGGAUCUGUACCUUAUUCACUGGCCUAUGGGAUUCAAGUCAGGCACAGUGAAUCUUCCUCUUGAUGAGAACAAGAUGGUAAUACCAAGCGACACAAGUUUUGUUGACACUUGGGAAGCAAUGGAAGAAUUGGUUGACCUAAAAAUGGCUAAAGCUAUAGGAUUGUCCAAUUUUAAUCGUGAGCAGAUUGAGCGUAUCCUAAAAGUAACUUUGAAGCACAAACCAGCUGUCAACCAGAUUGAGUGCCACCCUUAUCUGACUCAAGAAGAUCUGGUCUCCUAUUGCAUUUCUAAAAAUAUCGUUGUGACCGCCUAUAGUCCACUGGGAUCUCCAGAUAGACCAUGGGCAAAGCCAGGUGAACCCAACCUCCUUGAGGAUCCUAAGCUGCAGGAAAUAGCACAACGCCACAGGAAAUCCUCGGCACAAGUGUUAAUCCGGUUCCAGAUUCAAAGAGGACUAAUUGUAAUUCCAAAAUCUGUCACUCCUGACCGAAUUAAGGAAAACUUCCAGGUGUUUGAUUUUCAGUUGAGUGAUGAGGAGAUGAACACCAUCUUCUCUUUCAACAGAAACUGGCGAUGCUGUGCAGUGCCUUGGUGUGUUAAGCACAAGGACUAUCCAUUUUGAGAUUGCAGACUAAAGCUGUGCUUCAAAUGGAACAAGCUGUUCAUCUAGCUGAAAACUUGUGGCUCUCCUCUCUAUAGGCUUGAACAGCAGAAUUAAUGUGAUGUUUUUAAAACAAACAUUCAUGUUUUCUUAACUAUAUGGUGAUGUGCUUUAGUAGCAAUGUGACUUUUUGAUUGUAUCAAUGAUGCAAAUAAACAUUCUAGAGAAGGGUAAUUUUCCA